GCCAUGACGCUGAGACGAUAUAGAACCGUUCCUCGCCGUGUCUGCGUCGUGGGAGAUUGAGCUCGCCGAGAUUCAUCAUCAUGUUAAAUCUCGAUUCUUGCUUGAGGAAUUCUAAGCAUCAUCGAUUAAUCGACCGGGUCAUCUUCCGACCACGUUAUGCUCUGCUUGGCUUAUCAUUCUCCUUUUAAUAUUUUUUAAUAUUUUUUUAAGUGUAAAAAUAGUUGCGCUUCCACGUCAAGCAAGUAAAGCGAAUUCUACAGUGAGAAAGGUAUAAAAUUUAAGCUUUAAAAUUUAAUUGACUAAUCGCGAUUUCUUUUCUCACGCCCGACUGUGAUUGGUCCAUUUCUUACAGCUUAAAUUUAAAGUUUUGUCUUUUAAAUUCUCAUUGUAGAAAGCGCUUUUGAAAUCUCGUCGUUCUGCCGACUUCACCAGCAGGUGUCACUGCGAUCUCUAUGCGCGCGCGAGUCGCAUUGUUGUGGUCCAGCCAGUUAUGGCCGACUAUGGUGGACUAUGGCAUGCUAUGGCACUAUGAGACUGUUCGUUAUUUCUCGCGACUCGUCGCAACGUUCGAUUAACAAUCGCUUGAAGGAGUACUUCGAUCAUGGAUCCAGGAGAACGGAGAGAUGCUAAUGUUUACGACCUCGUGACGCGACUGAUCGAGCACACGUUGCGGAGGAAUCGGCUCUCGGAGAACGGGAACUCCUACGUGCCACCCAAGAGCGAUCUUAAAAUAGUGAGGCGUCUCCGCUCGAAGGCCUACGAGAUAUUGUUGAACAAGAGCGGCAAGGUGUAUGAGCGAGAGAAUGCAGGAAAUUCUGAGAUUGAUCCCUUGGUGGUGGUACUGAAACACACCUUUGUGUUAAAAUUGUCCCUGAGGCGCGUAUUGGAGGCGGAGAAGUUAGAAAAUUUGGUAAACGAGCUGUACGGUCAGGAGACCACUAACGCUGAGACUGUGAUCCAUUCCAUUUUACGACUGCUGAUAGAGCUUAAGAAUUUUCAGGGUGACAAAGAACCUGCGUUGGAUGUAUUUCACUAUGGGAAAGCCAAUCCCUUCUUGCCUGAGGAUGUUACACCUAGAAGUGGUGUGCCAAUGUUUCAAACAUAUCCCAUGGAAUCCUUCAUCUUGCCGGAAAAAUUUGAAGCCAUGUUGGGCAUUCGUAGGAGAUAUGCUAGUCGAGAUGUGUCAGCUAACUUUAUUAGUAGAGUGUCUUUCGAAAAUCAGCAUGUAUCCAAGGCCAUACUGGGAAUCGAGACCAUUAGGUAUAAUAAUGCUGUUAACAAAGUUCCUUGCAUAUCAAAUGGUACUGAUAACACAACAAAACAAUGUAACAUGAUUGUCCCCUUUUUAACUCACCUCAUGAUUGAACAGACAAACAAGUUAUAUUUAUCUACCCAGAGGUUUAUGUCAAACACAGUUUUACCUUGCGGCUGGGCAAAGUCCUUAGAUAAUCAAAUAGAAAAUCAGGAUCAUUUGCACGUUGUGCCUAACGACUCCAAUCACAAUUCCGCGAGCGAAUCAAAAUGCGUUAGAGACAACGUUAAUUUAGUAUGGGAAAAAGUACAAUCGUCUCUCUCCAGUGAUUGUCUCUCAAAGUUGCGAACGUGGGAGUGUCUCGGAAUUCUGGAGUCUUCCAAACAGUCGUUAUUCGUCACCGAUCUGCCGGAGACAGCGUUGCACUUAACGAGGAUAAGACAGACAAGUAUUUUAUCACUGCUGCCAAAGAAGGCGAUGCAUUCCGUGUCUUUAACGCGAGAGGUUUCACCUGAAAAAUUCUUGUCAGACGUCAAGUUGUUGCUGUUCGGCAUAGACUCGAACUGUUUUAAGCACGACCUCAUGUUAGGAUUUAGAUUAGACGAGAACGUUACUGUGCGCGGUGUAAAUUCGGAGACGCUGAGAGCCACCUGCGUGCAGGCGAUUCAGUGGGGAAAUAAUUUUUGGUCCCUCUCGCGUCUUGUCACGCCCGAUCCGCAAACCGGUAAAUUGCAGCAGGACGGUCUCAUAUUCAAGGCAAUGUGCGCCAACGUGAAAGAAUUGCUCUUGUACUAUCGCUCGGCGUUACAAAGAAUCGUCGACCAACAUGAAUCCCACGGAUUGUUAAGUGUACUGAAAAAGGUUCGUCCUCUGGCCCACCUGAUCGUUGAGGUCGCACGGCUGUGCGAUUACAGCAAGCACAGUCAAUGUACCCUGAACGGAGGCAGCGCAAUUUUGACGCAUAUUUACAAGGAGGUGACCAAAGUCACCAAUCCGAAGGUCGCGCUGGUGUUGUAUUCGAUAUUAAAGUCGUGCUGCGAAGUCUACUUUCGGUUACUGCAAAAUUGGUUGUUCGAAGGAACAUGCGAUGACGUUUAUGGAGAAUUUAUGAUUCAGGCGCAGUCUCAGAAUCUGCGGAAGAGAGGACGUAAGUUCUGGACGGAGAGUUUUGCGAUUGACAAGGAGUCGGUACCCGGCUUCUUGUCCGAGUUGUCCGAGUCGAUAUUGCAGUGUGGAAAAACGCUACGGCUCCUGAAGAUUUGUAAUCCCAAGAAUCCUGUGUGCAAUGUGUCUGUCAACGCUCAGCCGGAAAUAAAGGUUUGCCUGAGCGUGUCGAUGCUGCGAGAGCAGCUCUUGAGGUGUCAGGAGUACGAAGGUAAAUGCGAGGCGGCACUGGGACCAAUCGUGUCUCUUUUAUCCGCGAUACAAGACGAGAAGAAAGCCGAGAAGGAGAGGGCCGAGCUCGUGAUACGCGCGCAACAGGAAACAUUAUCAAGGAUUACUAAACAACGUGAAGAGCUUAUCCUGAAGACCGCGCAAACUAAGCGAGAAUUAUUGCAAGAAUUGAAACACCAGGCGGAGGAAAGUGCCUUGUAUAAAGAAAAGGAGAAGGAGCUUGAGAUCCUAGCUGACAAAUUAUUACUCGAGAAGAUCAAUCGGGAGCAGGAAGAGAUGCGCGAGCAACAACGGGCAGAGCGGGAACAAAUUUUAAACUACUACGACAAAUUAGCUGCCGACAUAGAGAGCAAUCGAAUGCGAUCCAAUUGGCGAAAGGCGAGGAUGAAUCACUUUGAAAGACGAAUAGAGUUUCUCGAAUUUAUGAAAAGGCAGGAUAGAGAGAUGUCCGAGAAUAUCGCCACGCCGAAUUCAAACGAAAAUCUAGUUGAUGCUGACGUACAAGAUAUGAAAAGGCACGAUAGAGAGACGUCCGAGAAUAUCGCCACACCGAAUUCAAAUGAAAAUCUAGUUGACACUGACGCACAAAAUAUUCCUCUCUCACCCAGCAUGGAUAUGUCCACGCGCGAAGUGGAAGCUGCAUCUAGUCAAGACGAGAACAGCAACUUUGCGGAAAAUGUAGUAACAGACGUAGAUGCAACGGAUUCUAAUCGGAACGAGUCUAAGGAACAUUUAACGAUUACUGAAAGUGUGAGCUCUGAAAGUUUCGAAAGUUGUAAUUCUGAUAAGGACGUUGCAUCGAAUAAGGAAGUCACGACGAGUAAAGAUUCUCCCAUGACAGCGGAUACGCAGAACGCACACCCGCCGCCGCAAGAAUCAUUACCGUUGAAUUACAUUUACAAGAAGAACAACGAGAGAAGCAAUCUGCAAGACUUCCUGCGCGAGGAAGCGAUGAAAAAGACUUCCGCCAUUAUGAACAUUGCUAGCAAACAAUUAACUUCGCUCGAUACUUGUUUGAAUAAUGUCGUCAGUUUGGAAGACGACGAUAUAACGAAGAAAAUUAUCGGUACUAUGCAGAGGCCUAAGUCCUUAGCUAUCGGCAGGGUAGAUAACAUGACCGCGGCGCAAGCGAAUAAACUCAAAGUCUUGUUGCAAGAGUACGGCACAACUCCGAAUAAUAAUGAGUUUAGCAUGUUUCCCAAUAAACGGGAGAUUAUCAAUCGCACAAAUGUAAACGGCAAUAACCAGCCUUUAAUCGAUGCAAUCGUGCGUGGACCAAUAGAUAACGAAGAAUGCUCGAACAAGACUAAUAGCGCGGAUAGUAAGGCGCAAGAGUCAACAUUGAGUAACGCACAACAGCAAAAUAAUAUAGACACGCCAAUGUCUUGCACGACCGACAAUCUUACCACGCUAUCGCUUCACACCCCAUUGUCGCAGAUACCAAACAGCGAUGAUAUAUUCGCUUUGAAUGCCGGCCAGGAAGUGUCAUCUUUAUCUGACACAGGGAAAUCGAUCACGGAGGAGACGUGUCUUGAGUCUCCGACAAUUUCAGGCAAUUUCAAGCUACCGAGCUUGUUCGGCGUCAGCCCCGACGCGAGAUCGUCAGUCGCGUCGUCGUACCUGACCAUAGCCGACGUCGAGAUGAUUGAUCACACCUCGCUUCAGGUGUACUUGGAGAAGUCCGUCAUCAUUCCGCUGCAGAUACAGACGCGGCUGAUCAACCACGCGAUCAUCAAGUACCUGCUGAACGAGCACAACAUGCUCUCGCACCUGCACAGCCUACGUAGUUACUUUUUCCUGUUGAACGGCGAAUUCGCCAAGAGCCUGACGGACUCGCUCUACUCCCGCCUGUACACGAUAUCCGCGCCGAUCGAGCUCUUCAAUUCUGCCACUCUCACGAACCUCUUGGAGAAGGCGCUAAUGAACUCGUUCAGUAACAAUUACGCCAACGCGGAGCUCUUGAGUCUUUCUGCCAUUGACAAACCAUGCCAGUUAUACAUUUCAGAUCCAAAUGUGCUGGAAUGCCUUUGCCUCAAUUACAAGAUAUCGUGGCCGUUGAAUAUAAUCUUUGAUGAUACGAUGAUGCUGCAGUACAGCAAGGUAUUCAAGUUCUUGAUAAUGACCGGCAGAAUGGCGUGGGUGCUGCAGGAAGAUUUCAAUAUAAUGAAGGUGGAGCGGGACGCAAUUAAUUCGCACCAAUAUCACAAGCUGCAGCUGUACAGGCAUUCCAUGACCCAGUUCAUGAACGCACUGCACAAUUAUCUGACGUGCAGCGUGUUGCACGCGAGCUGGAACGAAUUUGAGAAGGAUCUGCAGAACUGUCGGACGAUAGACCAGAUCUAUCUCUCACACAUGAAUUAUAUCAAGAGAAUACUUUCAAGAUGUAUGCUCAACGCGCGCGGUGAAAAGAUGCGCACGUGCUUGAUCAAUAUCUUUAAGAUCAUACUGAAAUUCCAUAAUCGCUUGAGAUCGCAAGCCUGGACUCCAGGCUGCGACGCUGGUCAGUACGGUCAUCCGAAUUUUAAGAGCUUGGAACAGAUGUACCAAUCGUUCUGCGAGUGGCGGACGUACAUGGCACACGUGGCGCACAAACUGGCUACUAGCGGCUAUCAGCCACACCUAACACACUUUCUCAACGCUUUGAAUAUAAACGACCUGUACGACUUAACGACGAAGCAACAGUGACGCGACAGUGAUAAUUAAGUUCCAUCAUUAAGUUCAUUCACGUCUUCUUCCAUGUAUAUAUAUAUAUCGGUGUUCCGACAUAAUGUAACACGCGAGUUGUCUUUCUUUCUUACGAGUUACGCUCUCUGUUAAACAAUAAUUUAGUUUUCGAGAAUGCUUCUUUUUUUUUAUACGUAUUUAUUUAGCAAAAUGAGUGACGAGCGCCUAGAAAUAAAAUUGCUUACACAGACA